AUGAAAAUCACUUUUCUCUCCCUCCUCUUUUCUACCACUUCCGGCCUUUCAUGGCUCGGCCUUCACAGAUAUUCAAACGAAGAAAUGAACCUCUGCGAAUUCGAAGGCCUCACUCGGCCUCAAAAGAGACUCUGCCAGAAGUACCCGCAGUUCCAGCCAGCACUCAAAGCCGCUUCCCUUUCUACCAUCAACUUGUGCAAAUCGACAAUGAAAGGCCACCUCUGGGGCUGUCAAGGCGCCGACAAACUGCCCGCCGUGGGUCCUGAACUUUCUCAAGCAACAAGCGAAAGCGCAUUCGUCCACGCCCUUGGAGCAGGUCAACUUCUCGCCGCGCUCAAGAAAAUCUGCCGCAGCGGAGCCACUGGAAGUUGCGACGAAGCUGAGCUGAGGAUGUUUGCGAUUCAAUUCACCGACGUUUUGGCAAUGUCCCGCCGCGCCAAAGGCCAGAAAACCGUCGAGCUCCACAACAACGAUGUCGGCCGUACCACUGCGGAUCGCCACAGCCGUCUGGUCUGCAAGUGCCAUGGUCAAUCCGGAAGCUGCACCCAGAAAACCUGCUGGAGAGGAAGCCCUGAUCCCGAGAAAGUAGCUACCGAGCUCAGCGCAAAAUACGAAUCCGCCGCGAAAGUCCGCGCUCAGGACGAACUGCCAGCGAUCUUCAGACAGUACGUCGUUCGCGAUCGACUUCUUUACAUCAAAAACUCCAUCAAUCACUGUGAAACCACUCAUGGACGAGAAUGCAAUCCUGAAUCAACCGAAAAGAACAGCUGCGAUCGACUUUGCUGUGGCCGCGGCAAUAUCCAGCGAGUUCUCAGAGAACCCCGCCGCGAGUGCAAAAUGGAAACGAUCAAGGUUGAUGGAUCUCUUUGGCCCGCCGGAAUCAAGUGCAAUACUGUUUACGAUGAAACUACUUCUUUUAUCUGUCGUUAA